AUGUCGGGCAUCUCAGCCCAUGCUCAGCCUGGCGGCACAUGUCAGAAAACACUGUCUCUAGUCAUCCAUAAAUGGGAAGAAUGCAUUGUCUCUUCUUUCCUCUGUCCUUCGAAGAGGAUGAUUGUUCUCGUUGAUAUACACAAAGUAUGUGGUCUGUGCCCCGGGGUGCCCAUGUUCAUGCUCCACCUAGAAUCUUCCAGAACCUUCUACACAGUACCAUCGAGUACCCUCGUAUCUGACAGCACAAGCACGAGCCGGUGCCAGCCUGGCGGAAUAAGCGCGAGCCGCUCCCCAACCAUGUUGAAACCCCGGAAGAGUUCCACAGCGCGGUAUCCAGGACGCGGGCCGCUCCUUGGCCGUGUCCAAGCGUCCGAGAAGGUCCACGGCGUGGUGGCCGGAGGCCACUACGGCAUCGUGUAUAUCUAGGGCCCUGUUACGACGUGGCAUUUGAGCCCUCGACUUGUGCAGAAAGUAUGUGAAUAUUAAGCUGGGGAGGAGAAGAAAGGUUGAAGGAGAGGUGUGGCCGAAGGCCGCACCUUUAUCUUGUCAGUCCUUCCUUAUCUAAUCUCCAGCCAAUCGGCUAUCAACUACCACUGGCGACGCCGUGCCAUAACAGGCCCGCAAGAUUCCCUGUAAAGGGGUCUGGAGGGCAAGCAACCGUUUUGGUUUUUGUGUUUCUGGUUUUCCUGUUGGAUGCAGGCAGGCGCCUGCUGCUGAAUACACCACUGGGCCGCACGCUUUCCCUAGACCGCUGAGUGACCUGAACCUCUGAGAUCUCCUAGCGAGAACCCCUUCCUGUGCACAGCACGUUACAGUUGGGUAUAUAAGACUGUUCGCGGACAGCCCGUUAGGGUUCGGUGGGAAAGGCUUGUUACGACCACGCGUCGCUGGCAGAAGGCGGAGAGGGGCAGAAGGCAUGGGUGGAGCCCCAGGGAGGAAGCAUCCUCAACCCCACCUGACGAAGUAAGGAGGUCACGUGACUAGGCUUAAGUAAGCCAGGGAGGUCUGUUGAUCUGCAGGGAUCAAGGAUCACGAUUUGAUCUGCUGCUUUGCAGAGAUCAAAAGGUCGCGAGUUGAUCUGGGGAUCUAGAGAGAUCAACGGAUCACAUAGAAACACAGGACAACCCCACGAGUAUAAGAAAAAAGGAUUUCCUUAAGCAUUAGAUAGCCUGGACGGAUGCACUGGCAUCAGUCAAUCUAAGUUAGCUCCCAAGUAACCCUUGGAGCAAGCAUCCAGACCUGCACCCAAAGAUCUUUGUGAAUCCCCUCAGUCUUCAAGUCACGUGUUACUGCUCAGUACUCCUUAGGUGCCCUACCUUAGGAGCAGAGGCCUGUUUGUAACAAAGGAGCCAUUGCGGUCCCCCCACCCAACCCGGCCACUACUCACUCCGGCACUUCCCACCCUAGGAGCUGUGACGGCCCAGGGCAGUUCACCGCACGGCGCAGGUAUCCACGUGAGCACGCGCCGCGGAACAGCCCGUGCGACAAGACGCCGCACCACCUUUUCUUCCGCAUCGCGUGUCCGGCGCCCCGCGCCUCUCUCCCUUUCCCCUCGCCAUAGAAGAGUCUUUCGUCGAUAGCAUCAAUUGAACCUGGCUGCGAAGCCUUCUCGCCCUGAUCGUGACAGACACAGAGUACCGUUUGUAACAACGGGCGGAAAAGGCAGACUGGCAAUGCCGGCCCGCGAAACUGCUUUACCUCCCUUGUCCCUGCACCCGAGCCAUUUUGCGAUGCUCGAUUUUUUUGCGUCGUCGAGUCUCCGCCUGGUUCGCCGGUCGAAGUACGACCCCGUGAACAGUCAUGACAUGGUUUCGG